ACCUGGUGCGUUAGGUGCUUCACUUUUUCAUCAGAUUCCUGUUAUUCAUCCAUUUAAAGAGCCAUUUCAUCAAGCUCUCUUCUACAGAGUUGAGGAAGCAAGCCACACUCAUACAGCGAGAGAAACAGAGAGAGAUGGGUUGCUACCCUGUCGGCAAGAUGGUGUGCAAGGUACUCCGGAUGUGCAAAGGGUGGAAGAGGCAUGGAGUAGCCACAACAAUGGCGGACUCACCACCACCAACAUACUCUUACGCUGGAACCGAGGCGAAGCAUGUGACGUUCUUCAGUGGAAGCCCUGUCGAAGCAGUGCCACCAGAACCCCCAUUCUCAAAGCACAACCCUGAGGCCGUGAUCUCCCCGUCACCUCAAGCAGAGAUGGUCCAGCCCAAGGAACAGAUCCGAGUCCGGCUCGCUCCUGAACCGGACCGACCCGAUGAGAGCCGCACACCACCAGAUCAUCUCGACGCUUCACCCUACCCGACCCACAAAAGUUCCGCCCGUGUCCGGUUUGGUCCUGGACCGAGCCCUCGACCGAGCCAGCAUGAGCCGGUUCCCGCCCAUCCCGAGUCAGCUUACCGGUACGUAACGUCGCCGUUGCCGAGAUGGGAGGAGGGGGAGCGGCGGCGGGAGUACUUCGGCGGCGAGUACCAUUACUUUCCUACUCCUAUCCGUGAAGGCAUCUACCGCAUUGCCACCGACGAGAAUCGCCUCACCGCCAUAUUAAGCGAGGAGAACCCCAACGCUUGCAGCAUCGUUUGACUGCAAAGCAAAGUUGCGUAGCUUUGGCCACAAAUAUGCUCAUCCAAAGAUGCAAGGUGUUGAGUUCAAAUCUCGUUCUCUUCUUAUGGGCUGAGAGCAAAACUAUAAACAAUUAAUAGCCACCAUGAUCCUAUAGAUUAUUGUGAUGGGGGUUGGCAUAUAAAGAUUGGAAGCACCUGAAGCCAUAACAUCGCAAAGACUUCACAAAGCCGGCAGAGUGGCGAGAUAUAAUUACAACGAGCAAAGUGAGGAAGCCUAGCUUCUCCAUGUCCUUUCUUAUUUUGCUUCACGUACAAAAGGGAUAUCAACUAGCUAGAGGGAUGGAGGAGGGAUUGGACGGCGAGCAGAGCCAGCAACAGGAGAUGGAAGGGAGACAGAAGCAACGACCCAGAAGCGGAGGAUCCGUCGACGCGGCCAUCAAUCUGAGUAGAGCCGACGGCGAGCGGCAUGGCGUCCUGUGAGAGCGAGCAGGAGGUCGGAUCCGAGCUUCCGACGGCGUCAGCCGCCAUGAGGACGCGGAGAAUCGCGGUAGCGGACGGGAGGUAGAGCGUCCGGUUCCUGGAGAGGAGCCACGUCACUCCCAUCAGCUGGCAUUCCCUGCCAUGGGUGGCGGCCUCCUUCCUCUCCGAUCCGCUCGCCUCGCUGCCCUGCUGCUUUUUCGCCUUCAGCUGCCCAAAUCAGUACAGUGCUCAUCGAUGAACAAGCAGUAAAGUACAGAGAGACAACAGAGAAUGUAUGUAGAAGCUUAAUGCGUAGUCUUUUCUCAUGUAUACUGCCAGAUGGAGUGGUAACCAAAAGAGCCCCUCAGAGCUUGUCUUGCAGAUAACAUAAGCUGUAGACCUGUAGAGCUGCAGGGGAAAUUCUUAUGUGGACCACACUGUCGUCGCAGACAGAGACUACACUUCUCCAUUACUAACGCAUUACAUCAAACACUUGCGCUUUAGAAAAGGUCAAAAAAAUGUAGUCGUCAUGUUAAGCAGA